AAUCUAAAAAAACUUUGCCCACAAUGUCUUUGGAGAUGGAAAAUCGCAGGAAAUGAAAUUCUCCCAGAGAGCUAGUAUGCUUAUUAUUGUAUUCCUAACUUUGUUCAAUAUGGGGAACAGUUUGGUGAGAGUGACGCGCGCAGUUAGAAUGGCACACAUUGAUUCCCAAGAUGUUAACAGGGUCAUGAGCCAGUAUAUGGGCCAGAACAAGAAUUUAGCCUUACUUCUUGAUUAUGAUGGAACUUUAACACCAAUUGUGGCUCAUCCAGAUUUGGCUGUAAUUCCAGAAAAUACGAAAGACUUAUUGAUUCGACUUUCAAAAAAUGAAAGUGUAUUUCUUGCAAUUAUCUCUGGACGGGCUAUGUAUAAUGUGAAAGAAAAGGUUGGAGUAGAUGGAAUUCAUUACGCCGGCAAUCAUGGCUUUGAAAUUCUUCAUCCCAAUGGAUCAGUGUACAUCCAUGAAAUUCCACAAAAAUAUAAGGAAGCUCAGGAUGUAAUGAUUAAGGAACUCGAAGAGAAAGUUUCCGAUAAUGGUGCUUGGGUGGAAGAUAAAAAGUUUUCAAUCACUUAUCAUUUUCGUGCAGUGCCCGAUAAUUUGAAGAAACAAUAUGAACAAAGGGCGAAAGAAAUAAUGAACAAAUCGGAGUUUAGAAUCACGCCGGCCCAUUAUGGAUUGGAAGCGAAACCGCCGAUAAAUUGGAAUAAAGGUACUGCCGCUCUUAAAAUUUUAGAUGCCCAUUACAAAGAAGGUUGGAAAAAUAAAACUAAAGUUAUAUUUAUUGGAGACGACACGACCGACGAAGAUGCCAUGCAGGCGUUGAAAGGGAAUGCAUUGUUGUUUAGAAUAUCUCCCGAUUGUAACGUAAAAACUUCUGCGGAUUAUGUACUUCCUUCUCUUGAUUCGGUAUUGGAUGUAUUAAGGUGGUUAGACAAAUAUUACAGUGAAUCUUAAAUAUAAAUUUUAAAGUG